UGGUCUGUAAAGUUAAAAGUCUUGGUGGUUGUUUCAUUGCCAUUUCCACUCUUCUGCGUCUCUCUCUCAGGUCUCCAUAUUCAGUAGACUAAAAAUAAAAAUAAAAAUGGGUUCUGGCAAUAGCAGGUUAGGGUCGAGCCGUUCCAGGUCAGGGCUCAAGCGCAGAUUACUCUCUUCCCUCUUUUGUGGCUCCUCUGUUUCUCACACUCCUAUCGAGAUAGGUGAUCAUAUGGAUUAUUCAUCAACAGAGUCUACUCAAAACUUGACUCAGCAUCAUCAUGUGUCAGUUUGCGCCAAGCAGCAGUCUCCUUCAACCUUUCGACUGGAAACUGGGUUGAAUGAUUUCCACGAUGAAACUGGAAGCAGUAGUGUUUCUGUUGGGGAUACUUCCUUCACACAUAGUUUUAGCAAUCAUUCUGAGAAUUCGGAAUUACAUUCUCAGCAGGUCAAUGUUAAUGACAGUCUCAUUGAAGCUCCUCUAGAUGGUUCUUCCUUAAAAACUCAGCCACCUGCGGAGUCACUCUCUUCUGAUGCACCACUCACAAGCAUUGUGGGUCAGGAUACUGGGAAUCUACAUUCAGAUGGGGAGACCAUAGCAGAUGCGAGUAUGGAUGGCUAUACAGCUGAAUCUAGUUCUGAUGUAUCUGGUUCCUCUAUAAAUUCUCAGCCACUUCCAAGAUCUCUCUUAUUGUCUGGGGAACAAGGUUCAAUAGGCAUGGGCGUGCUUUUGGUUGAUGUGGUGAGUAUACAUUCCAACAUUUUGUCUAGUACCAUUGCAGAAAUUAGUAACCGUGAGGCUAGAAGGAAUACUAGAAGGAUGUUUUGGGAUGCUUUCUCAAGAAACAGUUCUAGGCGGAAUAGUGAUUUCCCAACUGUUGUUUUUACAACUAGUCAUGCUGAUGAUCUAGGAUCUCAUGACAGAUGGCUCCUUGAUUUUAGUGGUGAUCUUCAUUAUGAUGGCGCUGGUCGUGAGUCUAGAUACUCUGGCACUAGGAGUGAUCACAGAAGUGGACGACGAUGGCAAUCAAGAUAUGAGAUGCCAGAAAGAUUUCAUGAUGUCUAUGAUGAGCAAGGCUGGCAAGGUUCUUUGUGUGCAACGGGGCGUCAUCCACGCGGUACUUGUUCAUGUGAGUCCUCAUUCCUUGAUGAGGAGUCCGGUAGUCAUGCAAACAUUUCACAAUCACAAAUAUUCAUGCUUGCAGGUGCACUUUUUGAGGUGCUUGAGGAAAUUCAUCACCAUCGCUCGUCUCUUUCACUAUCUAUGCUUACACGUCCUGCUCCUGAAGCUGUUGUAAAUUCAUUUCCCCUCAAGAAUCAUAAAAAGUCAUAUGAAACUGGGAGUGGGAUGCAUGAUGCGCAUCAGUGUCAUAUUUGCUUGAUUGACUAUGAGGAAGGGGAUAAAAUUAGAGUUCUUCCAUGUUCACAUGAAUAUCAUAUGUUAUGUGUUGAUAAAUGGCUCAAAGAAGUACAUGGGGUAUGCCCUCUCUGCAGAGAUGAUGUUUGCAAGGGUGUUGCUGAAGGUUCUACCUCAAACCCCGAGAUUCCAGCUCUUUGAUGCAUAUGUAUAUAAACAUGUAGAUGAAGUCAAAACUUUUUUCUUGAAAUGGCAUUCGACCUGUGAGAUUUAUACAACUUGCAGUGUAUAAUAUGCCAUUUAUGGUAUAGUACUUUUGGAUAUGAGAUUUACUAUUCAUAUAUAUGUUUUGCGGAUUAUGGUUGCAAUUAAAAAGCUAUGGAUUAGGUUUUUGAAA